GUUGUGGCCAGUGUUGGCAACUCGAUUCUUCCGGACUUCCACUACACAGAGGAGAGAGUUUACUGGGCAAAUAAAAAGGCAGGGGUCAUCUACAAAGCAGCAAUGGAUGGAACACAGAGACAGGUGCAUCCACAUACUACUAGUUCACCUUAAAAAAAUAUGAAACAGACUGUAACAUUACGGUGCCCAUAUAAGGACAAGAGUUACAGUCACCUCCCUCUUCAAAGAGUGUCUCGAUUAAUGCCACAACACCCUAAAAACAAACAAACAAUAACAACAAUUCCUUUCUUGAACUAACAUUCACACUUGUCUUUUCUUACUAGUACUGCAUUUGCUGAUAGCUACUUAUUGAGGAAGAUGUACAGUACCAGUCAAAAAUUUGGACACACCUACCCAUUUAAGUUUUAUUUUUUACCUUUAUUUAACUAGGCAAGUCAGUUAAGAACAAAUUCUUAUUUACAAUGACGGCCUACACCGGCCAAACCCGGACGACGCUGGGCCAAUUGUGCGCCGCCCUAUGGGACUCCCAAUCACGGCCGGUUGUGAUACAGCCUGGAAUCGAACCAGGGGGUCUGUAGUGACACCUCAAGCACUGAGAUGCAGUGCCUUAGACCACUGCGCCACUCGGGAGUUUCUUAUUUUUUAGUAUUUUCUACAUUGUAGAAUAAUAGUGAAUACAUCAAAACUAUGAAAUAACACAUAUGGAAUCAUGUAGUAAUCAAAAAAGUGUUAAACAAAUCAAAAUAUAUUUUAGAUUUUAGAUUCUUCAAAGUAGCCACCCUUUACCUUGAUGACAGCUUUACACACUCUUGGCAUUCUCUCAACCAGGAGGAGGUGUGAUAGUGUGGGGUGCUUUGCUGGUGACAGUGUCUGUGAUUUGUUUAGAAUUCAAGGCACAAUUAACCAGCAUGGCUACCACAGCAUUCUGCAGCGAUACACCAUCCCAUCAGGUUUGCGCUUAGUGGGACUAUCAUUUGUUUUUCAACAGGAAAACACUUCCAGGCUGUGUAAGGGCUAUUUGACCAAGAAGGAUAGUGAUGGAGUGCUGCAUCAGAUGACCUGGCCUCCACAAUCACCCGACCUCAACCCAAUUGAGAUGGUUUGGGAUGAGUUGGACCGCAGAGUGAAGGAAAAGCAGCCAACAAGUGCUCAGCAUAUGUGGGAACUCCUUCAAGACUGUUCGAAAAGCAUUCCUAAUGAAGCUGGUUGAGAAAGUAGUGUGGCUACUUUGAAGAAUCUAAAAUCUAAAAUAUAUUUUGAUUUGUUUAACACUUUUCUGGUUACUACAUGAUUCCAUAUGUCUUAUUUCAUAGUUUUGAUGUGUUCACUAUUAUUCUACAAUGUAGAAAAUAUUAAAAAUAAAGAAAAACCCUUGAAUGAGUAGGUUUGUCCAAACUUUUGACUGGGAGUGUAUGUGAUUUCUAUGAUGGUGAUUUGCGUUUGUCUCUCUUAGUUAUCUUAAAAUGAAUGCACUGUAAGUCGAUCUGGAUAAGAACGUCUGCUAAAUGACUAAAAUGUAAAGUAUAAUGUCAAAUGCUGUCCUAUUAUGGACACUGUAUUAUGACUCUGAGGCUGUCCUAAUAUGGACACGGUAUUACCUACUAUUUGUCAGUGGACCAUAUGCUAAUCUCUAUUUCAUGCGAGGUUGAGUCAAUGACAUGAAUGGUUCUAGAUCCACAACUGUACUGCAUCCUUUUUAGAAGCUGUACUUGUCUGAGAAAGGCAUCUCAGGCCUUGUGUUCGACUGGGUUCACAACUUUGUCAUCUGGACCAGUGGAGAAAAGGGAACUAUCAAAAGAGUGGAUCCAAAUAGGAUAAAUGAAAGGACUCUUCUAAGACAUUUAUCGGAGCCAAAUUCCAUAGCAGUCGCCCCAAAUGACAGGUAACACCAUACAUUAUCUCAACAUGUACCUCUAUAUGUUUUCAAGCAACUAUGAGUAUGUUUAGAGCACUGACAACAAACAUGCCAAUGCAGGUCCUUAAAGUACAGUUACCCGCCAUCUUGUUUGUGGGUUAGUAUAAUGCUGUGCCCCUUCUAACACGACUGGCACAUAGGUGUAAUCCGGCAGACUUCCUCUCACAUCUGCCUGAUCCUCACAUACCUCCGCUCUCUGGUCAGAGACAAGGGAGCCAUUUUGACCCUCAGAGGCAAUUGCUUAACGCUAGAUAUGUAUUAGUGAAGUACACCGAUACACAAAUACAUGUCUAAACACACAACAUGUACAACAAAGUGUUUGUCGCUUAUGUGAAUUAAUAUCAAUGCAUUUUCAAGAGAUACAUUUGGGAGUAAAUAACCAUACUUUCCAAAUGAACAAGACAAUACCACCUUUGGUUAAGGAACAGCACAGACCUUAAAGGGUAAUCCCUUUCUUGACACAUAUCAGUGGUUCAGCAGCACUGUCUUACCUUGGCAGAUCUUCCUAUCAGGAAGCAGAGCGUAACCUUUGGGACAUGUGCAAAAGUAGGAGCCUGGAAUGUUCUCACAGCCCAAGGAACAGCCGUGGUCCCACAGGCCACACUCAUUGACAUCUAGGAUGUGAUUAAUGUAUGUUUAGUCAAAUUAUUUAUUAGUAAUCCCAGGUAAUCAUCCAUUUCACACUUAAUAAUUAAUAGAAUAAAUAUGUAACACUGAAAUGUCAUAAUAUCACAUCAUAUAGCAUAGCACAGCAUUGGUGCUAAACUAAUGGAUAUCAUACCUUCACAGUAGUUCCCGUGUUUGCUAAUGUCAAAACCUUCAGUGCACUGGCAGAUCUCCUGCUCAGCAGGGUUGGAGCAAACAUUCACACAUUCUCCUGUACGACCAUCCCACUCUGCAUUGAAACGGUUAUAGAUAGAACAGGUUUAGAACAGAGUUCAUGGUUUUGGAAAAUAGUUUUAGAACAGAGCUCAAGGUUUUAGUACAGAGUUUUAGAACAGAGUUGAAGGUUUUGGAACAGAGUUUUAGAACAGAGUUCAAGGUUUUGAAAAAUAGUUUUAGAACAGAGUUCAGAGUUUUGUAACAUAGUUUUAGAACAGAGUUUUAGGACAAAGUUAAAGGUUUGGAACAGAGUUUUAGAACAGAGUUCAGGAUUUUAGAACCGAGUUCAAUGUCUUGGAACAGAGUUUUAGAACAGAGUUUUAGAACAGAGUUCAAAGUUUUAGAACAGAGUUUUAGAACAGAGUUCAGGAUUUUAGAACCGAGUUCAAUGUCUUGGAACAGAAUUUUAGAACAGAGUUUUAGAACAGAGUUCAAAGUUUUAGAACAGAGUUCAGGGUUUUAGAACAGAGGUCAGGGUUUUAGAACAGAGUUCAGGGUUUUAGAACAGAGUUUUAGAAGAGAGUUCAAGGUUUUAGAACAGAGUUUUAGAACAGAGUUCAAGGUCUUGGAACUGAGUUUUAGAACAGAGUUCAAGGUCUUGGAAAAUAGUUUUAGAACAGAGUUCAAGGUUUUAGAACAGUUUUAGAACAGAUUUUUAAAAAAUAGUUCAUGGUACGUCUCAAUGUGGAGUAAGACCACAUUUAUUGAGGAAUGAGGAAACAGACCUUGAACUCUGACCGGGAAAGACAGGCAUGGAGUCUUCAAUUGGCUGGUUGAGGGGAUGUACCACCUUGACAGCAAUAGGGGGGUUUGUCAUUUGCUUUAGGUUGACGUUAUCUGCCUCACCCCCUGAGUACUUACUGAAUUACCAUAUGGUCCGUGAUGUCACAUCAGUGUAAUAGACUUGCUCCAGGAACACAGACAUCCCCAAAGACUGAGACCUGGUGGGAAGAAUAUUGAGAAGUUAGCAAUGAUAUAUACCGAUCUACAAGUGAUAUCUAAUUAUAUAUUGUUCUAGUGCCAAAUAUAGAUAGCUGCCCUAAUGCAACAUGGUCUCAUUAGAAUAUGUCAACAUAGUGAACCAUUGUAGUUACAAAUUAGUGACUUAAUAACUAGAAUUACAUAUUCUGCUUACCGUAGUGGCUGAUCAAUGACAUUGAUAACAUUCCCAUUGUAGUCACAUGAUCCAAUGGCACUUUCUCCCUCCAGACUGAACUGGACCCAGAACAGUCUCUUGUCCGUCCGGUUGACCGACAGUGCUCCCAGUCUCUCCGAAAUCUUCAGCACUGUAGUGAUCAUCUCUCCAGCUACAUCCGACCUCUGGAUACUGGGUGUGAUCGCUUCGGACAACCAGAAUAUAAAUCUGAGGAAAGGAAUAGUGGUUUUAGGGAUAAGGAAGUGGCCCACACUGAAGACUUGAAAUCAGGUAAUGUCUAGUCAUUUGUGAUUACACCAAAUGUAUCCAUCCACAUUAGCACAAGGUAAGAUUGAAUGUACACUAAAACACAUUAGUGAACAGGAGGGAAUUUCAUGUAGGAAAAAUAAAGAGAAUCUAAAAAAACUGUCUAAGUGAGUUUAUCUUGUGUUCAUAUAGACGUUUUCCUCACUAUGUCAGGAUGUCAGUGUGAUGCGGUAGGACGAAGUCAGGCGCAGGACACAGAGCUAAUCGAAAAAGUACUUUACUCGUAGGUAACGUAAAUAACAUAACCUCCACGCAGGGAGGAAACAAACCUGCUCACCAGACGACAACCAAACAUGAACAAACACGCACAACAUACAGUGGGAGCCAGAGGGUUAAAUAGAGAAGUAAUCAAUACCUAAUGGGAACCAGGUGUGAACAAUAAAGACAAGACAAGUAGAACACAGAACAUAGAUCGGUAGCAGCUAGUACUCCGGUGACGACGAACGCCGAAGCCUGCCCGAGCAAGGAGGAGGAGCAGCCUCGGCUGAAUCCGUGACACACUAGUUCCAACCAACAUCAGUAGUUCCCACAUCAUAUGCUGUGGUAUUUUUACACAUUCAUCCUUACACAGCCUUUUGUGGUAUUUGGGGGCCCUGUGUGGCAGGUAUCAAAGCCCUGUUUGGGGCCCCUUUGUGACAGUUAUCAAAUCCCUGUUUGGGGCCCCUUUGCGACAGGUAUCAAAGCCCUGUUUGGGUCCCCUUUGUAACAGGUAUCAAAGCCCUGUUUGGGUCCCCUUUGCGACAGGUAUCAAAGCUCUGGUUGGUUCCCCUUUGCGUCAGGUAUCAAAGCCCUGUUUGGGUCCCCUUUGCAACAGGUAUGAAAGCCCUGUUUGGGUCCCAUUUGUGACAGGUAUUAAAGCCCUGUUUGGGUCCCCUUUGCGACAGGUAUCAAAGCCCUGGUUGGGGCCCCUAGACUUUACCUUGACCCCUGAGGCCUAAUAAAAGAGACCAGACAGACAGAAGCUAGGUGCCAACUCUCACCCAGGUUAUAUAGGUCAAAUCACAGACUCUUAGUGGAGAGGACUUAGUCCUGUGACUGGCUGUAUAUAAGAGCCUGGGGGGUCACUGGAGAGUAAGGUGUAAGGUAGACAGAGAAAAGAGAGGAAGAAAGGUCAGGGUACAAAAUGUUGAAUAUAGGCCCUACCUUGUUUUUAAGCUGAUGCAGAAUAUGUUGUUUUCAAGGAUACCUUGAGCCAAAGUGGUCUUAAUCAUCAUGGAGACGACUGGUUCCUACUCAGAAAUUGAAUUCUUAUUGUGUGGUAGAUGUGUAUUUACAUGUAGUGUAUGUGGUAGCUUAGUAGCUUUUAAAUGCUAGUGUAUGUAGGCACUCUGCAUCAAUGGCUUGGCAACACUCAAACCUUCAGUGGUGCAUUCAAUUACUCAUGAGAAAAUGGUAUUACUAGAUUACGAACAAACCCAAGUUAAUUGGUUUAACCUACAUCCUAGAAUUAAAAAAAACACAACACAAUACAACACACUACAAUACGACACGACAGACACAAUACAACACAAUACAAUACAACACAACAUGACAUGACACGACACAACACAAUACAACACACCAGAACACAACACACCAAAAUACAACACACACACACACAACAAAACAAACACAACAAACACACACACAACACACAAACAAAAAAAAAAACCCACCAGAACACAACACACCAAAAUACAACACAACACAAUACAACGCAACACAACACACCACACCACACAAAAAUACAACCCACCAAAAUGCAACACAACACAACACACCACAAUACAACCCACCAAAAUACAACACACCGCAGUACAACACACCAAAACACAAUACCACACCACAAUACAACCCACCAAAACACAACACACAAAAAUACAACACACACCACAAUACAACCAACCAGAACACAACACACCAAAACACAAUACAAAAAACCACACUACAACACACCAAAAUAUAACACAACACAACACACCAUAAUACAACCCACCAGAACAAAAUAUACCACACCACAACACAACACAACACAACACAAUACAACACACCCCAAUACAACACACCACAAUACAACCCAAUACAACAAACCACACCACAGCACAAUACAAUCCACCAAAAUACAACACAACACAAAACAGCACAAUACAACCCACCAGAACACAACACACCAAAACACACCACACAACACAACAAACCACACCACAACCCACCAGAACAAAAUACAACACACCACAACACACCAAAAUACAACACACCACAACACAGCACAAUACAAUACAACACAUCACAAUACAACCCACCAGAACACAACACACCACAACACACCAUACACACACACCAACACACACCACAAUACAACACCACACACCACAAUACAACACAACACAACAAACCACACCACAACACACCACAACACAAUACACCACACCACACCACAAUACAAGCCACCAGAACACAACACACCAAAAUACAACUCACCACAAUACAACACAACAACACAACACACCACACCACAACAGACCACAACACAACAACACAACACACCACAAUACAACACAACACAACACAACUAGCAUUCAUGUUUUGGACCUUUUCACAAGCUAAACAUUUUUUCACCAUUUUCUAUCAUUUGAAUCAAUAUUACUCUGCUUGAAAGAUACAAAAGAUCUCACACAUCAGAAAUUGUACAAGCAAGACUGUCCAAGACUGUCUUCACUGACAUAUGAGGAUAUUCACCAUGUGAAAGGAGAGUGUGAAAGCACAUGUUGCUAAGAGAUGACUGUUUAAUUGGGAAGCAGCCAGAGCUGCCUUGAACUCCACCCCAUUAGAGCCAUAUGAAGAGGCUUUUAGCCAGCAAUAUUGAUUCAACAAAGGUAUCAACACAGAGCAGCACACAUUGAAAAGGGACUGCCAAUGAAGUAGCUAAUUCUAUAGCAAUAGUGAGUCAGCCAGGAAACGAUGUGAGCGUAUAGAGCACAUGGACAGCUACCAACCACAAACUGCCACAUCAUAAUACUACUAUGUACUGUGUACUCACCUUCAGUUUCUCUAGAAAAGUACAUUUCUCUAGAAGUACUUCAUUUCAAAUCUUACGUCACGUCCGGUCACGUCCGGUCCAAGAUGUGGGUCCGGUGUAGGUCACUUCUGAAAUCCCAAACAUCACAGUCCUCCAGGUUUAUAUUUUGUGUGAUGGGAUAAUGAGCAUUAUCAUGCACUAUACGCUAUCUACCAUCUAUGAUUGAGAAUCUCUGUUCCUUUUGGAAAGCUCCAGAGCUGAUCUUCGGCCAUGGUAAGGCCAUAUACCGAUUAGAACAAAAGGGUUGUGGCCAGUGUUGGCAACUCGAUUCUUCCGGACUUCCACUACACAGAGGAGAGAGUUUACUGGGCAAAUAAAAAGGCAGGGGUCAUCUACAAAGCAGCAAUGGAUGGAACACAGAGACAGGUGCAUCCACAUACUACUAGUUCACCUUAAAAAAAUAUGAAACAGACUGUAACAUUACGGUGCCCAUAUAAGGACAAGAGUUACAGUCACCUCCCUCUUCAAAGAGUGUCUCGAUUAAUGCCACAACACCCUAAAAACAAACAAACAAUAACAACAAUUCCUUUCUUGAACUAACAUUCACACUUGUCUUUUCUUACUAGUACUGCAUUUGCUGAUAGCUACUUAUUGAGGAAGAUGUACAGUACCAGUCAAAAAUUUGGACACACCUACCCAUUUAAGUUUUAUUUUUUACCUUUAUUUAACUAGGCAAGUCAGUUAAGAACAAAUUCUUAUUUACAAUGACGGCCUACACCGGCCAAACCCGGACGACGCUGGGCCAAUUGUGCGCCGCCCUAUGGGACUCCCAAUCACGGCCGGUUGUGAUACAGCCUGGAAUCGAACCAGGGGGUCUGUAGUGACACCUCAAGCACUGAGAUGCAGUGCCUUAGACCACUGCGCCACUCGGGAGUUUCUUAUUUUUUAGUAUUUUCUACAUUGUAGAAUAAUAGUGAAUACAUCAAAACUAUGAAAUAACACAUAUGGAAUCAUGUAGUAAUCAAAAAAGUGUUAAACAAAUCAAAAUAUAUUUUAGAUUUUAGAUUCUUCAAAGUACCCACCCUUUACCUUGAUGACAGCUUUACACACUCUUGGCAUUCUCUCAACCAGGAGGAGGUGUGAUAGUGUGGGGUGCUUUGCUGGUGACAGUGUCUGUGAUUUGUUUAGAAUUCAAGGCACAAUUAACCAGCAUGGCUACCACAGCAUUCUGCAGCGAUACACCAUCCCAUCAGGUUUGCGCUUAGUGGGACUAUCAUUUGUUUUUCAACAGGAAAACACUUCCAGGCUGUGUAAGGGCUAUUUUACCAAGAAGGAGAGUGAUGGAGUGCUGCAUCAGAUGACCUGGCCUCCACAAUCACCCGACCUCAACCCAAUUGAGAUGGUUUGGGAUGAGUUGGACCACAGAGUGAAGGAAAAGCAGCCAACAAGUGCUCAGCAUAUGUGGGAACUCCUUCAAGACUGUUCGAAAAGCAUUCCUAAUGAAGCUGGUUGAGAAAGUAGUGUGGCUACUUUGAAGAAUCUAAAAUCUAAAAUAUAUUUUGAUUUGUUUAACACUUUUCUGGUUACUACAUGAUUCCAUAUGUCUUAUUUCAUAGUUUUGAUGUGUUCACUAUUAUUCUACAAUGUAGAAAAUAUUAAAAAUAAAGAAAAACCCUUGAAUGAGUAGGUUUGUCCAAACUUUUGACUGGGAGUGUAUGUGAUUUCUAUGAUGGUGAUUUGCGUUUGUCUCUCUUAGUUAUCUUAAAAUGAAUGCACUGUAAGUCGAUCUGGAUAAGAACGUCUGCUAAAUGACUAAAAUGUAAAGUAUAAUGUCAAAUGCUGUCCUAUUAUGGACACUGUAUUAUGACUCUGAGGCUGUCCUAAUAUGGACACGGUAUUACCUACUAUUUGUCAGUGGACCAUAUGCUAAUCUCUAUUUCAUGCGAGGUUGAGUCAAUGACAUGAAUGGUUCUAGAUCCACAACUGUACUGCAUCCUUUUUAGAAGCUGUACUUGUCUGAGAAAGGCAUCUCAGGCCUUGUGUUCGACUGGGUUCACAACUUUGUCAUCUGGACCAGUGGAGAAAAGGGAACUAUCAAAAGAGUGGAUCCAAAUAGGAUAAAUGAAAGGACUCUUCUAAGACAUUUAUCGGAGCCAAAUUCCAUAGCAGUCGCCCCAAAUGAC